AUGGAUAACGUUCUAAAAUAUAGUGAAGAUGAAAAUGGAAACGCAACGAGUGUUGUUGAAACGCAUAAUAAAUUAAACACCCACACGGAGUUGGUGUCAAUGUUGUAUAUCGUUGGCAUCAUUGGAAGUUUGCUUGCUCUUUUACAUUUGUGCCAGAAGCAGAAUUUGAAAAAUUCAAAACAAGCUUUCAUGCUAAAGUUUUUAAUGACUUUGGACUUUGUUGGAUUGAUGGGAAUGUUGUCGCAACUUACUAUUCGGUCAUACUUAGACAACGAUGGUUUUUACAAGGAUCACAUCUGGUUAUUUUGUUUUAUAAGACUUGUAUGGCGAUUUUUCGGCCUCAGCUCGGGUUGCGUAGCAUUCAUAAUGGCCAUUGAGAGAUACUUUGCUCUGACAAAGCCAUUUUUCUACUGUAAACAUUUUACGAAUGGUCUCAUAAAACGAUUAAUUAUCAUGAUGUGGGCUUCUUGUGCGUUGCUAACAUUCGUUCCGGUCCUAGGCUUUGGGAUUUUCUGCGAUAUGAAGAAUCGAAAAUGUCAACGAUAUCGUGAUGCCGAACACCCUCUGGAUGUUACGUACGCGUUUCUAUUUUUCUUUGUUGGUAUGCUCCACAAUUAA